AGUUCUAGUUGGAUUUUGCUUGGCAUUAUGGCUGAUCACGAUCGCCCUCAAGGAAAUGACGCAAAGGGUUGUGGAAUGUUGGAUUUUUUUAAGAAGAAAGAUGAGGAGAAAUCUCAAGACGAUGUGACCAUUGCAAACGCUGAUCAAGUCAAGGAAAAGGGUGAAAAGCCUGCUCCAACGGAAACGCUUCAACAAUCUCACAGCGACUCAAGCUCCUCAAGCGAAGAAGAUGACGAAAAUGGGGAGAAGAAAAAGAAGAAGAAGAAGCAGGGAUUGAAGGAAAAGAUCAAGGAGAAAAUCUCUGGUGAAAAGGAAGAAACUAUAGAGAACAAAGACUCUUCCAUUCCAGUAGAGAAAUAUGAUGAGAAAGCAAAUGCAGAAGCAACUCAUCCAGAUGACAAAAAAGGCUUUCUAGAGAAAAUCAAAGAAAAACUUCCUGGUCAGCACAAGAAAGCCGAAGAGGGCAUUGCUCCCGCAUGUUGUGCACAUGAGCAUUGUGCAGAAGGCAAUGAGAAGGAGAAGAAAGGAAUCUUCGAGCAGAUCAAAGAGAAGCUACCAGGCUCCCAUGCAAAUGAAGAGAAGCACAAGGAAUAUUAAAAUAAACUCCUUCAAGUUUAUCAUCAGUGUGUUGUUUGAUUGUUUCAUGGUCUUGUAUGAGUCUUGGUGUCUCUGUUCUGUAUGUUAUCUCUGUUAAGUGUUCAAGUCCUUCGUAACUUCUGCAUCAGUUGAAUGUUAUGCCUAUUUCCUCAUAAAAGCUGUUUUUACAAGUUCGUGAUGAACUAAUCAAGCACAGAUUAACUUCAAAAGAAAAAACUAAAAC